AUGGGGGAUGAUACAGUCAUUCUGGGUGCAGGUGUCAUCGGCCUCGCGACGGCCUACCAGCUCGCACUCGCUCACCGAAAGACCGUCAAUGCCACGACCAGGCCACACGGCAAGAUCAUCGUCAUUGAACGAGCUGCGCAUAUCACUCCUGCUGCCUCUGGUCAAGCGACAGGUGGACUUGGAGAUUUCGGCUUUGCGAGCGGUGUCGCUGAUUUGGGCGUUCUGUCCUACAAGCUCUUUCAGGAACUGGCUCUCGCGAAUGGGAUGAAGGAGUUCGGCUUUAGCGAGUCUACCAUUUACCGGAUCAUACCCGACGACUUCACGAGCAUGCCUAAGCCAUCUGAUAGUUGGGGUCCGACUCCUCCCGUCAAACAGCCUUUGUCUGCGCUUCCUGACUGGGUCAAAACUGAGAGCCAUUGGUCUGUGCAGCGUAUGGCUGGGCCCCCUCACGCAUCGCAUCUCGAGUGCAAGAAACUGGGCGUUAAGUUCAUCUUCAACGCGAACGCAACAUCAGUUCAGGCAGCACCAGGAUCGCGACACUUCACAAGCAUCCAGAUCAAGCAACAAGAUCGCGAUCCCCUCAGCAUACCCUGCAGAAGCCUAGUCAUAGCAGCAGGACCCUGGUCCCCAAACGUCUUCUCAACACUCUUCCCUCACGCAUCUUCCCAACUCCCAAUGAACUCCACAGCCUCAGCCGGAAACCAUUUCCGCGUCCGCACACCUAACUGGAAACCAGAGGACGACCAGAAAGGAAGUCAACAAGUCUUCUUCCAGAGCGAUGUUCCGGGUAGACAGGGUCUCGACAUCACUAGUUUUUCGGGGGGUGAGUUGUAUGUCGGUGGAUGGGGAGCGGAACAGGAAGUACUUCCUGAACUUGCGGAGGAUGUGCAUGCGCAGCCGGAUGAGGUUGAGAGGAUGAUGGAGAUUGUGAAGGGGUAUCUGAUGGUGCCGGAGGGUGAGGAGUUGGAUGUUUUUGCGGUGGGGAGGUGCUAUAGACCGCUUGCGGAGUUCGGACAUCCUAUCGUUAUGAAGAUGGAGUGGGAGUUGCUGGGUAUGGACGAUACUUCCCAGGACAGGCCGCUUUCUGCUGAGCAAGAGGAUGAUCUCCAGGAUAGUCGGUACGGUCCAGGGGGUCUGUUUCUGAACACGGCUCACUUUGACGAUGGUGUGACAUUGUCGCUUGGAAGUGGGAGGGUUAUGAGCGAGCUGCUGUUGGGUUUACCACCUUCGGUUGACGUUUCGGGGCUGGGGUUGCGCUGA